AAGUGGGAUCGCUCGCCUCGUUUCCUCUGCGCCCCGGUGAAGAUGGUGAGACAGCAGACCACAGCGGCCAAGUGGGUCUGGAAGGUGAAGGCCAAGCGACGUUUGGUCUGGAAGGUGAAGGAACAGCCUCGCAGCAGCGCUCCCGUGUUGCUCGGCCGACUUGAGGACGCCGCUGCGAAGGCGGAGGUCAAGGCCAAGGCGGAGGAGACGAGAGUGGCGCAGAAGGACGUCCACGCGCCGGUGGACAUUGGGGACAAAGCUGACGAGGAUGCCGCUGCGAAGGCGGAGGUCAAGGCCAAGGCGGAGGAGACGAGAGUGGCGCAGAAGGACGUCCACGCGCCGGUGGACAUUGGGGACAAAGCUGACGAGGUGGCAGCCUCGAUGGAGGUGAUAAGGAGCCAGCUGGCUCAUUGCGAACAAGGGGGCGCGAUCCUUGCUUACAUGAGAGCGGCCUGUUGGCGGUGCGCGGCGCAGGACACACAGGAAGAGCAUGGUGGUGACAACAGCACCGAGGAGGAGGACAAGUCUGAUAUCGACGUCCUGGACGAAGGUGACGAGGAUCCAACAACCGCGGAGGACACAAAGGAGGAGGACGGCGGUGACAACAGCGCCGAGGAGGAGGACAAGUCUGAUGCGCCUGCCUCAGAAAUCCUCUUUUUGCCCGAGGGCUCGCUACAUCUUUCCGUUAAGGUCGACGUCCUGGACGAAGGUGACGAGGUUCUGAAGAGUCAGCUGGCUCAAGAUGAGCUGGGGUCCGCGAUCCUUGCCGGCAGCUUAGUCAGGAAGUGCUUGGGCUGGGUGGGACAUGAGGCCAAGCGACGUUUGGUCUGGAAGGUGAAGGAACAGCCUCGCAGCAGCGCUCCCGUGUUGCUCGGCCGACUUGAGGACGCCGCUGCGAAGGCGGAGGUCAAGGCCACGGCGGAGACGGGAGUGGCGCAGAAGGACGCCCACGCGCCGGUGGACAUUGGGGACAAAGCUGACGAGGCGGCAGCCUCGAUGGAGGUGAUAAGGAGCCAACUGGCUCAUUGCGAACAAGGGGGCGCGAUCCUUGCUUACAUGAGAGCGGCCUGUUGGCGGUGCGCGGCGAAGGAUCCAACAAUCGUGGAGGACACACAGGAAGAGCAUGGUGGUGACAACAGCACCGAGGAGGAGGACAAGUCUGAUGUCGACGUCCUGGACGAAGGUGACGAGGAGGACGAGUCUGAUGUGCCUGCCUCAGAAAUCGUCUUUUUGCCCAAGGGCUCGCUACAUCUUUCCGUUAAGGUCGACGUCCUGGACGAAGGUGACGAGGCGCGACUGGCCCAAGCGAGCCACGCCGCGAAAAGCCGCAGCCGAUCCGCGGUGCCAUGCUUGCUGAUCUUGGCAUGCCUGCUGUGGAACGUGGGGGAGCUGACCUUCGCGAGUCCGGCGGCACACUGGACCUCCGCGGAGCCCACGGCGCUCACCAAGUCCAGCGCCAGGACCUUGGCGCUGGGACAGCUGCCCCGUGACAACUCCCCAGUGACCACCUCGGCUGCGGCGGCAAGCGCCACCUUCUUCACCAAGGUCUUCGCGGCUGGUGCUCAGGGCGCCACGGCGGCUUUCGUGGCGGCGAUCCUCUCUGCCAUGGCCGAGCCACUGGUGAACCGCUUGCUGGUGAAGCGAAUGACGGUGGGCCAGGCCAUGAAGGAGAUGAACUUCAAGCUUAUUGCCAACUUCUUCUUGACGACCUUUCCCACCAACAUGCUGAAGUUCCCAGUGUUCGAGAUCAUCAACAUGGCGAUGACUUUCACAGCCUUCAGCCCUGGAUUGAGUGGAACGAUCAGUGGAUUCCUUUUCUGCACCGUCAUGCUGCCGGUGACCAACUACCGCUUCCGCAAGAGCAUGGGCUGGGAGAUCAAGCCGGCGCUCUUGUAUCAGGCCUAUGUGCCAACAGUGGCCCGCGACAUCAUCUAUGGCUUUGCGCGUGGCUGGGUGGCUGUCGUGGUAGCAGGUUUCUGCGCACCGACAUCCUUUGUGGGGCAGUCUGCCGUUUUCGCCUUCACUAUUUGGGCCGCAUGCAUCCUCUCCUCGCCGUGCAACGAAUGGAGAGGAUUCACUUUGCAGCCCAAGGACAAGAAGCUUUCUUUCGGUGAGUACUUCAAGCCCGUCAACUAUGCCCGCUCCACAGGCAUCGGCGCCACCAUCAUGGGAAUUGCCCUCUUCGUCGGCAGGCUGGUGACGCCGUACGCCGAGACGGCCUUCGCGUACUUCAAGGUGCACCCUCUGGUGGGUGUUGGCAUCCUGGCUGUCCUGGCGGGAGGCUUGAAGGUCAUCACUUCCGGGGAGGACGAGAAGGAAGAGAAGAAGGAGGAGAAGAAGGAGAAGACGGAGGAGAAGACGGAAGAGAAGGAUGCGGGUGACGCUUGA